CAAGCAGCAGACAGCAACAAGUCUUUCUUCGUUUCACCGUCAAGACAACACCCACCUCCCACCCCACAAAUCUUCGCCCAACAUGGUGUUCGCUUGGAAGGCCGCUGGCAUUACCUACAACCGCUACCUCGCGGUCGCCUCUCGUGCGCUCCGUCGCUCCCUCAAGGAGGAUAAGAGAAUCAUUGCUGAGCGUCGUGGCGAGGCUGCCGAGGUCAAGUUCGCUAAGUGGUCGAACGGCAAGCCUGGCGAGACCGUCAACCUCAGCUCCGCCAACGCCGCUGCCGCCGCCGAGAACGCCACCUCCGUUCCCUCUUCUUAAGCGGAUCGACACACAAACACAACCAACACGCCGUGACGAUGUGCUAGGAUGGUGGUGUAGUGGUGGACCGGGAGAUGAGAGAAAUGGGGUCAUAUCGCGAAUCGCUCCCGCAUGGCACUCAAAUCCUCACCUCCUGUUGAGUGUCAUUAAGCCCGAAGACGUAUGAGCUGUAUCAUCAUUCAUAUUGGGGGAGCGAGGAAGAGAAACUCAAUAGACGGUUUAUUGGCAUUCAUGUAUGGAGUGACUGUGACUGAUGAGAAGUGAAUUGGAGUGACAUACGAAUGAACUUGAAAAAAGUGUUAAAAAGGGUGUGAGGCUCAUUGACAGAGGUAACAGGUCUGGAGGUCGUAGAUGUUGCACAAUGGAUUCCUUUCCCUG